AUGCGCGCCGCGGUCAGCAGCAGCGAUGGUCCUUCUGAAGCCGCGCAGAGAACACCCGCAGCCGUGUCCUUAACAGUCGCCGACGUCAACGCCCUUUCAAGUAGAGGUGACGCGGCUUCGGUAGGCGCGGCCGUCGGCCAACGGGGUGCGUUGACGCCGUCUCGCUCGGUAGGAGAGCUGGAGUCCGUGGUGGAGUCGCUGCUGCAAGAGAAUGCGACACUGCGCGAGAAGCUGCAGCGCGAUCGACGCCAAAUGCUUCGAUCUGCCAUGGAUAUUCGUGACUUGCAUGCAAGCCAUAAGUGGAUUAGGCAGAAGGACUUGAGCCGCAUGGACGGGCUAUAUCGCGAGAACCAGAGACUUAGGGAGAUGCUCAAGACGCAGGACAGUACCCAAGGUGCUGUCGAUUCGAUGUUGCCACAUCCACCAGCUGCAACGGCGUCUCGUUCGUCAUUACAGAGUCUUUGCUCUUCCCCUGAAGUGCCUGCCGAGGUAAAGGCGAUGGGGGAAGACAUGUCGGCACUUCAGGCUGAGGUGGUACGUCUGCGAAGUUCGCUGGCGCUCAAGACGCAGCACCUGGAUGACUUGUGGAAGCAUGCGGAGCGUGCCGAGUGUUACGUGCAGGAUUUACUGCAGAAGCUGGGGUACAUGCAGGACAUUGUGCGAGAGGAGAGCUGCAGCUCUGCCCGCCUGUCCCACCAUCUCGAAAGCGUUGAGCACCCGCUGGAGGACAUCGCCUCCUUCGUGACCCUGCGCGGCCGCUCGAGCUCGGCGCAGCCGACCACAUCCUAUACCACCGCUGAGUCCUCAUUUGCCACAUUGAGUAGACAGGAGUAUGUCAAGCGUGUCGCGAGUGUUGAGGGAGUCUGA